AGCUGUCUGCUUGAUUAGCUGUGCUCUCCUCCAAGGCUGCAGGGGAAUCUGGGGCUCUUUGCUGGACAUCCGAGGGUGGACCAAGCUCUCCCCAGAAAGAUUUCCUGAAAGGACUCAGCAGGCAGGCGGUGACUUGAGAACUCUGAGCUGCUUCCUGAGGACUGUUCCACCAUGCAGUGGCUGAUAAGGUUCCGGGUCUUCAGGGCCAUCCACAAAUCCUCCUAUGGCUUCCACCCUGCCCCUUGGCAGGUGCGCUGCCAGUCUUCAUCCAAUGCUGGAGCUGCAAGAUGGAAUGACCAUGAGGUGCCUGAGGAAUUUAACUUUGCAAACUCUGUGCUGGACUACUGGGCUCAGAUGGAGAAGGAGGGCAAGAGAAGUACAAACCCAGCCUUUUGGUGGGUGAGUAGCCAAGGAGAAGAAUUGAAAUGGAGCUUCAGAGAGAUGGCAGAUCUAACUCGUCGUGUAGCCAACGUCUUCACGCAGACCUGUGGCCUUCAACAAGGAGACCAUCUGGCCUUGAUUCUACCUCACGUGCCUGAGUGGUGGCUGGUGACUGUGGGCUGCAUCCGAACAGGGAUCAUCAUCCUGCCAGGGACUAUCCAGUUGAAGGCGAAGGACAUUCUCUACCGACUACAAAUGUCUAAAGCCAAGGCCAUCGUGACCACAGACACCCUUGCCCCAGAGGUGGAUUCUGUGGCUCCAGAGUGCCCCGCUCUGAAAAACAAGUUCCUGGUGUCUGAUCACAGGCGGAACGGGUGGCUGGACCUCCGGUCACUGAUGAACUCAGCAUCCCCAGACCACACUUGUGUUAAGUCAAAGACGAUGGACCCCAUGGUCAUUUUCUUCACCAGCGGGACCACAGGCCUCCCCAAGAUGGCAAAGCACAGCCAUGGAUUGGCCUUACGAGCCUCCUUCCCUUCAUGCAGGAAAUUAAUGGACCUCAAGAUGUCUGAUGUCUUCUGGUGCCUGUCGGACCCAGGUUGGGUUAUGUGUUUCUUCGGGUCCCUGAUUGAACCAUGGACAGCAGGAUCUACAGUCUUUAUCCAUCAUAUGCCCCGAGUUGACCCCAAGGUCAUUGUACAGACGUUGUUCAAAUAUCCCAUCACCCAACUCAUGGGGGUGCCAUCCAUAUUUCGAAUGAUCCUGCAGCAGAAUUUCACCAGUCUCAGGUUUCCCACCCUGAAGUACUGCUAUACUGGCGGGGAGGCCCAGCUGCCCGAGGACCACAAAGAGUGGAAAAGACAGACGGGCCUUCUGCUCUACGGAAUCUAUGGACAAUCAGAAACGGGAGCGGCCUGUGGUACCCUCCGGGAAAUGAAGAUCAAGCUGGAUUCCACCGGGAAGGCCCUCGCACCCUACGACAUCCAGAUCAUCGAUGACAAGGGCAACGUCCUGCCACCCAACACCGAGGGGAACAUUGGCAUCAGGAUCAAGCCCACCAGGCCCCUUGGCAUCUUCAUGUGCUAUGAGGGUGAUCCAGAGAAGACAGCCCAAUCGGAGUGUGGGGACUUUUACAACACUGGGGACAGAGCAACUAUGGAUGCAGAGGGCUACAUCUCGUUCCUGGGAAGGGAUGAUGACAUCAUCAAUGCCUCUGGGUACCGCAUCGGGCCGACGGAGGUGGAGAACGCUUUGGCCGAGCACCCAGCGGUGGCGGAGUCAGCCGUGAUCAGCAGUCCGGACCCGAAGCGAGGGGAGGUGGUGAAGGCAUUUAUUGUCCUGACCCCGCAGUUCCUGUCCCAAGAUCGAGACCAUCUCACCAAGGAGCUGCAGCAGCACGUGAAGUCACUGACGGCCCCGUACAAGUACCCGAGGAAGGUGGAGUUUGUCCCAGAGCUGCCCAAAACUGUCACGGGCAAGAUUAGACGGAGUGAACUGCGGAGAAAGGAGUUUGGUUUGAUGUAACCAGCAAUAGACCCGGAACCCACUGUGCACACGGCGCAAACUCCUGGCCGCCUCGGUUUCCUCGCUGUGGUGGGGGUGAGGAAGGCGUCUCGAGAGGGUUGCUUUGGAAGGGUGUCAGGACAGCCAAGACUCCAACAUUUUUGUUCAUUUAAGCUAAAUUCAGUUGCUAUCCAUCUUCCAAGUCCUGUGUUCCUUUAGGGAUGCCCAGGUGAGCACUCGGGUCGGGGCUGCGGUUGCAGGUAAUAAAAUACUGAUGU